GAAUUGAGAACGUGCACGCUGACCACGCAGCCAGCCACGUAGGGAAAGCUGAAGGAUUGGUGAAGUUGCUAAGAGGGGUCCCCUUUCUCGGCGCCAAGAGGAUGGUCCUGUUACCCCGCGAUGUUAUGAUGCAGCACAGUGUCUCUCAGGAGGACGUUGUGAGAGGAAUACAAGAUCAGAAGAUGAAGGAUGUGGUUUAUGAUAUAGCAAGUAUUGCCCAUCAACACAUUGAGCAUGCAAGGAGCUUUAUAAAGGAUGUACCUGAAGAAGCUCGAGUUGCUCUUAUUCCAAGUAUGGCAGUGUUUGCUUACCUCAAAGCACUGCAGAAAGCAGACUUCAAUAUCUUUGAUGGGAGUCUCCAGAAGAGAAAUAGUUGGCUACCAUUUACAUUGUGGUGGGCAAAAUUUAGGAAAACCUAUUGAUCUUUUCAUUCUUUUAGUUCUAUUAAUUUUGUAAAAUAAAACAAAUUACAUAGUGCAGCCAU